CGGGGCGCCGUCGGGAUUGAGAAGCCGGCUGCCGCGGAAUCUCAGUGCGCGCCCGCCAGUCCGCCGCUGUCCUCGCUGCCGCUGCCGCUGCCGCUGCCCCUGCCCCGCCAUGGCCGCCUACAAGCUGGUGCUGAUCCGCCACGGGGAGAGCGCCUGGAACCUGGAGAACCGCUUCAGCGGCUGGUACGACGCGGACCUGAGCCCCGCCGGGCACGAGGAAGCCAAGCGCGGUGGCCAGGAGGGUAGAGAUGCUGGCUAUGAGUUUGAUAUCUGCUUCACCUCUGUCCAGAAGAGAGCAAUCCGUACCCUUUGGACAGUACUAGAUGCCAUUGACCAGAUGUGGUUGCCUGUAGUGAGGACUUGGCGCCUCAAUGAGCGGCACUAUGGAGGUCUGACGGGCCUCAAUAAAGCAGAGACAGCUGCUAAGCACGGCGAGGCUCAGGUGAAGAUCUGGCGACGAUCCUACGAUGUCCCACCCCCUCCGAUGGAGCCUGACCACCCCUUCUACAGCAACAUCAGCAAGGACCGACGCUAUGCAGAUCUUACUGAGGAUCAAUUGCCCUCUUGUGAGAGCUUGAAAGAUACCAUUGCUCGCGCUCUUCCCUUCUGGAAUGAGGAAAUCGUCCCCCAGAUCAAGGAAGGAAAACGGGUUCUGAUUGCAGCCCAUGGCAACAGUCUUCGAGGGAUUGUCAAACAUCUUGAGGGUCUGUCUGAAGAAGCUAUCAUGGAGCUGAAUCUGCCCACUGGCAUUCCCAUCGUGUAUGAAUUGGACAAGAAUCUGAAACCCAUCAAGCCCAUGCAGUUCCUUGGGGAUGAAGAGACCGUUCGCAAAGCCAUGGAGGCUGUGGCAGCCCAAGGCAAAGUCAAGAAGUGAAAGCAGGCUACCAGGGCCAGCCAGCAAUAGCCAGGUCCUUCCCUUCUGUCUCCACAUCUCUCCCCUGCCUGCUCCACACACUGACCAUCGCCUUAGGGAACACAACUCAUAGCUGCAGGUGGGGGACUGAUGGUUCCUGUCCUCAUUUCUUCCUAUUUCAGACCAAUUUCUUUCUCUGCCCUGCCCCUCCCCGCAAGCACAUUAGUCAAAAUGCCUCCUGGGUGGUUUGGCUCAGUAAGGACCUGUUAGGGGUUAUAGGGACUUAGUAAAAAGUGACCAAGGAGGGGAGUUGAAAGAAGCAAUUGUUUCAGUUAAUCCUAUGAGCCAGUUCUGCCAGUAGGGCAGCCCUCUCAGGGGCUGUUGUAGGAAGCUGCCUAUAACCCAGGUGGUCAUUUAAUAAAUCAUGAAGUCUUGUUUGAAUGUUUCCUCCAUAUCCCAAAAAAAUUGGA